AUGAGUGAACAAUUGAAAACUGUUUCGGCGAUGAACAAGCUAUAUAUCGGUAAUCUACCAACCGAAGCUGAUGAGGAAGCAGUACGGCAGUUGUUCGCGGAGCAUAACUUGACGGUUGCAGAAAUCUCGGUCAAACGCGGAGGUUACGCCUUCGUUGACUUCCCCGACCAGUCAGCUGCUGACCGAGCCAUCGAUAAACUACAUGGUUACUCUUACUGUGGACUGCCUCUAGUAGUGGAGCCUUCCGUUGCGAACAAAAAAAUCGUGAACGUGCCAAACCUGCAAAGUGCAAGCGCUAUCCAGUUGAAGGACACCAGCAAUGACUCUUCGAAUGCAGGGGGUGGAGGAUGGCGGUGA